ACAGUAACAGCGACAGUUGGGUGAAAUAAGUGCUGAUGCCAAGUACAUAAGCCCAACAUAAAUUGAUUCAGGACUCGAUCUGCGACUUCAUUUUCCGCUUAGAGGUUGAUACCAUUGGAACUCUUUCAAAAAUGUGGCUUUCCUUAAUUCUAGAAGCUUUUAUCCUGAUCCUGGCCUGGGACUUUUACCGCAGGCACCGACGGUCUGCUAUCCUUCAGAGGUCAAAAAUCUCGGGACCACUUUCGCUCUUAGUACUGGGCAAUAGUCUGCAGGCCUCAGCUUUGAGGUCGGAAAAUUACAUCGAAUACUUUAGCAACACUUUCAAUAAAUAUGGCAACACCUUUCGACACUGGAUUCUGGGCGAAUGCCUGAUUUACACCAAGGAUGUAAAGUUAUUUGAAGCCAUUCUUAGCAGCAGUACCCUACUACAGAAAGCUGAGGUCUACAGAGUCAUGCGGGACUUCCUUGGCGAUGGACUCUUUCUUGGCUCGGCAAGCAAAUGGGCUUCUCGGAGAAAGGUUCUUGCCCCAGCCUUUCACUUUAAAUGCCUCGAGAACUUUGUGGAGAUUAUGGACAGAAACAGUGAAAUUAUGGUGAAGAAACUGAGAAAGGUUGCUGAUGGGAAAACACCAGUGGACCUUUUCAACUAUGUUUCCUUGGAAGCUCUUGACGUGAUUACAGAGACUGCCAUGGGAGUCCAAAUGAAUGCCCAGACCGACCCUAAUUGCGCCUACACUAAGACGCUUAAGAGUGUUGUCCAUAUCGAGUCGGACCGCUUGUUAAGUCCUUCAAAACGCUUUAACUGGCUUUUUCCGCUGGCAGCCCCUUUGGUUUACUGGCGAUUACAACGAGAUAUACGACUUAUGCAUGAGUUUACCGCUAAGAUAGUUCGUGAAAGGCGAGCAAUUCUAGAGCGGUCAAAGGCCGACGGUAGCUACCAACCGCUGAGACUGGAAGAUAAAGAGACCGGUGGUAAAUCUAAGAUGGCCCUUCUGGACAUUCUGCUGCAAGUCUCCAUCGAUAACAAACCCUUAUCUGAGCUGGAUAUUCGCGAGGAGGUUAGCGGCUUCAUAUUCGCGGGAGAUGACACCACCACCAGUGCGGUGUCCCAUGCCUUACACGUCAUUUCAAGGCAUCCUAAAGUGCAGGAGUGCGUAUACGAGGAGAUUCUGGGUGUCCUGGGUCAAGAUCCCAACACUCCAGUGACCCAGUCCCAAUUACUAGAUCUAAAAUAUCUCGACUGCGUUAUUAAGGAGACAAUGCGUUUGUAUCCACCAGUACCUUUUCUCGGGAGAUACAUCCCCAAGGACUUGCACGUUGGGGAUAAAACCAUUCCCGGUAAUACAAACGUUAUAUUAAUGCCGUACUAUGUCUAUCGAGAUCCGGAGUACUUUCCUGAUCCUCUUACUUUUAAGCCGGAACGAUGGAUGAAUGUUAAAGAGGCUUCUUUUCCUAUCCAUGCCUAUAUUCCGUUUAGUUUCGGACCCAAGAACUGCAUAGGGCAGAAGUUUGCAAUGCUCCAAAUGAAAACGUUGAUUAGUAAGGUUAUACGACAUUACGAACUACUUCCGCUUGGUGAGGACCUCAAGGCUACAUACACUUUUGUACUCAGUUCCUCGUCGGGAUUUAAUGUUGGCCUAAGGCCGAAAAAAUUCGAGAGCGGAAAAGAAUAUGUCAAUAAUACAUUGAAAUGACAUGAUGGCAUAUUAAUAUGUUUAGUAGCUAAGAGGUGUCUGGUAAAAGAAUUAUAUACAAAAUAUGCAAUUUAAAAAUAAAAUUUUUAAUAAUCAAAAUCUA